CCUUCAUCCACCUCGACCCGAAUCGUCACUCGAUCAUCAAUGGUCGAUUCCCCAUCCCUGUGGGUAUCUUCUAUCGAUCGCAGAAUCAUUGAUUGCCAUCCAUGGCUCUGAUUUCCGUGGAAAGGUCGAUUAAGGGUCUGGACGCAUUCCUUGCCGUCUCAAUGGAUCCCCCCGACCGCCAUUGACUGUGUCACUGUCUCUGAAAUACACCCUUGACCACAUUCUCCAUCCAAUGACACUGCCGAUACUCCACGCGUUGAUGCAGGCCCGUGGCCGUCCUCACAGACCCUAAUCUGCCACAGGCAAGUGCUAGCCUUGAGAUCUGACGUUAAGGUUCGACAGCAGCCUAUGUACUGAGUCUUCACGCUGCCUGCCACCUAGCUGCCAAUCCGUCAUCUACCUCUACUGCAUGCGGUUGACACCCAAGUCCACGAUCCUCUUACACCCAAAUCCUAUACCCAACAAACAGCCCGAUUUUCGAAGCCGCCUAUGUUGACUUGUCCGCGAUGCUUGGCAUGUGUGAAAGUCGCAUUGUAAGACGGUGAAGGGCAAAAACAUGACUUGCCUGAGCAUUUAGGCACAAAAUCAUUGCCGGGACGCCCUCGCCACCAUGCCUGCCGACGGCCACCGCGAAGGCGCUCGUGAGCGCGAAAUGCACAGAUACUACCAGCCAUGGCUAGAGACCUUCAUGUCCACCGAGAACCUCGAGGAAGUGUCUCAUGUUCCCCCACAGAACGGAUAUCGACCACGAUCUUCCAGAGAUAAGGGUCUGACCGCUUUCGCGCAGCUAGGCUGCCUUCGAUUGCACGCCAAAAGAGGUAUCAUCACACUGCUGGACAGUACAAGGCAAUACAUCAUCGCCGAGGCUACACAAUCUCUGUCCCUCCUUUCCGAUUCUCAGCAUGAUGCAGGCGAUGAACUCUGGUUUGGAAACUCUUUCAUCGAACGUGAUGCUGGGAUCUCGGCUGAUGCAAUGUUCCCGGAGGUAUACACCGCAAAGGGACCGGACCACUACUUUUACAGCGCGCCGGCUCUGGUGAUAAGUGACAUUGCCAGCCAUGAUCGGUACAAAGCGCGAGGGUAUGCAGGCAAUGGAGUCUCAUUCUAUUGUGGCGUGCCUAUCACCACAAAAAAUGGUCAUGUUAUUGGAGUUUAUACCGUUACGGAUGACAAGCCGCGAAACGGCCUCUCAGCGGUGGAACUGAGAUUCAUGGCUGAUAUGGCUGUCAUUGUGGCCGAGCAUCUGGAAACUGUUAAGAACGAUCGAGCGAGAACUAGAGGGGAGCGAUUGAUCCAGGGUAUUGGCACAUUUAUCGAGGGAGCCAUUAGCGACGAGGCUAGUCCCACGUCUGAGCCUCCUCCCUCACCAGGUACUAUGGCUCCCGACGCCCAAUCAGAUCCCGUUGAUCUUGAUCAGCAUCAGACUACGACGUCUGCACCGACCGCGCCGAGCCACCCCAAGGCGAAGGAGUUCAAGGGCAUCGUCAUCGGAGAUGCAAAUACACCCAUGGAGGAACACAAGCAACACGCCGAGCAGGGACCGCAGAGAUCUGGGUCGGACUACUUUUCAGGCGGAACAGAAGCCAACCAUGAGGGAUCGAAACAGGUCUCAUCCGACGGGGACGACAAAGACGAUAACCAGCUGGAAGUGAGACGCCCCAAGGGCCCCAAGCGGUCAAUCUCUACGAAGAACAAGGCAUUGCUUGAUUCUCAAUACGUCUUCUAUCGAGCAGCCACUAUUCUCCGCCAUUGUGUGAAUGCUGAUGGCGUCGUGUAUUUGAAUGCCAGCUCCGCCAAUCUCAGUUCCGGAUCCACCAUGAACGAUCCUCAGUCAGGUGUCAACUCAGUCCAACAUACCAGAAAUAGAAGCAAACGCCAGAUUGAGCGGACGGAUGAUGAUGAGUCGCGCCUUCUUUUUAAUUCCGGUACCUAUCGCGAACAAAGUCCACAUGAUUCUAGCGACUCGAGCUCUUCUACUGCUACGCGCAGCAACAGCGACUCUUCUACUACGCCGCACGUCAGAAAAGAUGAAUGUGAGGUCCUGGGCGCAUCGAUCGCAAAACCUUACAAAGGAAUAAACAUCACCCGGCAGACCAUACGUCGGUUUGUUCGCCGCCAUCCAAAGGGAAGAUGCUUCACCUUCGACAAAUUUGGCAGACCUGCUUCAAGUGAUGAGAGUUCUGAAUCUGCUUCUGCGAUGCCUGAGAAUAGUCUCCAUCCCGUCGGUGAUGGCCUCCAAUCCUCGAAUGCAGCGAGACAUCUUACCACGACAAGAGCCCUGCUGAAAGCACUCCCCGAUGCAAGGAACAUUGUUUUCCUUCCACUUUGGGAUUCUGCCAAAGAACGAUGGCACUCAGCUGUCGUGCUUUGGGCAAAUGACCCGACAAGACUGACUAAUAUUCAAGAUGACAUGUCGUAUCUUUUUGCAUUCAACAAUGCUCUGAUGAACGAGGUCAACCGGAUCAACCUCGCCUUGUCCGACACCGCCAAGGCGACAUUCCUUGCCAACAUUUCUCAUGAGCUUCGCUCGCCUCUACAUGGCAUUCUCGGGAGCAUUGAGUUUCUGCACGACACACCGAUGGACGACUUUCAAGCGGGUAUGGUAAUCUCUGUCGAGACUUGCGGCAAGACCUUGCUUGAUACCGUCAAUCACGUUUUGGACUUCGCAAAGAUAAAUAACCUCUCCAAGCAAAAUUCGAAGAAACUGGGUUCCUCGCGGAAUCAUGGAUACCACCAAGCUACAAACUCCGACGAUAGUUUGACGGUCGACUUUGAUAUGGCUGUGAUCGUUGAGGAGGUAGUGGAAGCAGUGUAUGCUGGCCAGGUCUUCCGUACUGCCAACGAGGAUGCUCUGGAAGGAAAAGGUCCGAGCCAGACUGCCGCGGGCCGCGCCAUGGACAGACGGAAAGCCGUGAGAGCGGACAUCAGUGAAAUCUCGGCGUCGAAUGGGGAUUCCGUCCGCCUCACGCUGAACAUCGAUGAUCAUACUAACUGGAAAGUGCGAUCUCAACCCGGGGCCGUCAGACGAGUCGUCAUGAACAUCCUGGGCAAUGCUCUCAAGUAUACCAGCAAAGGAAGCAUCGAUGUCUCACUUGAAUUGGACCGUAGUCGCAGGAAAGGCCAUUCGCACCUUCAUAUGCUUCUCAAAGUGACAGAUACGGGAAGGGGAAUGUCUGGAGAGUUCAUGAAGAACCAUGCGUUCACCGCAUUCUCUCAGGAAGAUUCUCUGGCAACAGGCACCGGUCUGGGCUUAAGCAUUGUGCGGCAGAUUGUUGAUGCUCUUGGAGGCAAGAUCGACCUUGCGAGUGAGAAAGACAUGGGCACUGAAAUCUGCAUCUGGCUAAGCCUUCCCAAGAGCCAGGAGGAAACCCCUCAAGACGGUGAAAGGAACCUCAUGGCAGAGAUGCGGGCACAAACUAAGGGUCUUGAGAUCUGUAUGCUGUCACCACCCUUAGAGAAAGGCAAAGAGACGCCUUGUCGGGCAUUGCGUCGUAUGCCCACGGUCGAGACUUCUAUGCGAAAUUUGUUGUCACAGUGGUUCAGCAUCAAGAUCACAACGGCUGAUAACAUGGAAGGUCGUUCACCAAACUUUUUUCUCUACCCCGAACCACCACCGAUCGACUAUCUCAUGAACUGCCACGGCAAGCCCGAUUCAGACAGGGAAAUCCCCGUCAUCGUUCUCUGUACGAACGCGUUCGAAGCUGCAAGUCUGAGGUCGCAUGGUUUGCAUGAGCUAACUGACAUUGGACGUAUUAUCGAGAUCAUAUCACAGCCAUGUGGACCACAAAAGUUGGCCAAAGUGCUUCUUCGCUGCAUGCAACGGAUGAACAUGCUUCAGAACUCGCACUCGAAGAACUCCACUGAUCAUGUCCCUCUUUCCGUACAUCGAGUACGAGACAAGUCAACCGAUCAGGCUCCGAAAGACGCUACCAAGGUACAGGGCGAGCCACAUGCCGAGUCAGACCAGCACAGCAAAGACACUAACAGAGUCUCUUUUGCUGUACAGGCGAACGGUCACGAGCCCAGCUCCGACGGGGCGGUCGAUUCGGUAGAUGAGAACUCAACACGAGGUCGACAGGAGGAGAUGCAGCAGUCUACAGACGACAAGCAGUCUACAGAUGGAAAGCAGUCUUCAGAUGGAGGGGAUAUGGAGAACCUUUCCGGUGAUCGAGAACAAGUGGAUGAGGAGAGAACGCAUUCCGACCGACACACGGACAAAAGGCCCCGAGUUCUUGUUGUCGACGACAACAAUAUAAACCUGCACCUUCUUGUUACCUUCGUUAGGAAAACUCAUCAUCCGCACAAAUCGGCAGCCGACGGGCUCAAGGCAUUGGAAGCGUACAAACGCAGCGUCCUUGAGGAGAAGAAUGGGUUCAAGUUUAUUCUGAUGGAUAUCUCCAUGCCGGUGAUGAACGGGAUAGUGUCUACUCAGGAAAUUCGCAAGUUCGAGAAGGAGCACAACAUCCAGGACAGAGCGAAGAUUAUUGCCCUGACCGGUCUUGGAAGCGAGAGCGCGCAGAACGAGGCGUACCAAGCUGGGUUUGAUCACUUUUUGAGUAAACCUAUUAAGUUCAAAGAUUUGCAGAAACUGCUCCAGUGAUUGCCACGACGACUGUUGACUUAACGAUGAGCGAUUUUCUUCCAGAUCUCAUACCAACUUGCCUGCAUAGCGGUGGUGCCCUGCGGGCUGAUGGUUUGUCCACGACUUGAAGGCGUACAAGACGACUUGAUAUGGAUUGGACUGGGUACUUUGCAUUUAGCCUACUGAGUUUACAGGCCACCAGUCUCAUGUAUAUAUGCUCGGGAACGCAAGCUCAUGACGACGGAUGACCAUGGAUGUUGUCUCGUGGAUUGGCAUGAUCAAGGACGGGCACUGUAUCAAUAUACGAGAUAUUAUGUUCGUGAUGGGCUCUCCGGCUGGGCAGGACCUGAUCGCCGAAUGGUAUGAUCAAUGAGGCAGUAUUCUACGAUUCCCAAGCUAGACGCUAAUGAUCGAGAGUCGAGGUCGUUAUACGAGUGCCUCUUAAUAGGGGGUGGAUGUUCCAAUUCGUACUCAGCAAUGACCUUGG